CUACCGACUCUGGCGCUGCACUAUGGAGGCAGAAAAGGGAUGGCUGUAUAACUCAGAAACUGUUGCAAAAAUACAGCUUUUCUUUGGAUUAGAAUGUGUAUCAGUUAAAGAGGUACAAGAGGAAGAAUCACUUCGAACCACCGAAAAUGAAAAAAAUUCUGACAAUUACCUGUCAAACGGGAUAAAACACAGACAUGUUUCAUCGCAACAAGGAGGCAAUCGGACAUCACACGAACCGGGAAGUUCUGGGGACGAGGAGCGGCGGCUUGGUGACCCCGACGCCACUACUGCAGCGGCUCCCAUUGACUAUCGGGUGCACAACAGAUUUUGGUACUACCUUUUCGCUUUUGGAGCUGCUUUAGGAGAUGAUAUUUUCUAUUACACCGUUUACCCCUUCUGGUUCUUCAAUAUAUCAUCCUGGGUUAUUCGGAGAGUGGUUCUCAUGUGGGGAUUACUGAUGUAUGUUGGGCAGUCAAGCAAAGAGAUCAUCAAAUGGCCCCGCCCCCUUUCGCCUCCAGCUGCACCUCUGGAAAGACGAUACUUUCAAGAAUAUGGGAUGCCUUCCACCCAUGCUAUGGUUGGAACUUUGGUUCCCUUCACAGUCUUAGUAGUUACUUGGGACAAAGUUGAGUAUCCAAAAGAGAUUGGAAUUAUAUUAGCUACUUUCUACACCCUCCUUGUGUGUAUGAGCCGACUGUACAAGGGCAUGCAUUAUAUUUUGGAUAUCAUCAUGGGCAUUGUUAUUACAGUGAUCUUGAUGGCUGUUGUAUUCCAAUUCUUGGAAUCUUUAGAUGCAUUCCUCAUCACCCAUCGGUAUGCACCUCUAUUUGCCAUGGCAACAGCCUUCUUUCUCAGCAUCAUCUACCCCACUCGAGAUGGUUGGAGUAGCACCCGUGGUGAUACCAUCGUCAUCAUGGGGGUGACUACCGGUAUCUACUCCUCAUUAUGGCUGUGUCACCAACAGGGCAUCCCUCCCAUGUACGAUGAACUCCCGUCCACGCAAAUAAGCUGGCCAGGCCCAUAUAGCAUUUUCCUCAUGAUCUGUCGACAGUUAAUCGGGUUAACACUGAUGGGUCUUUCACAUCUCACAUUCAAAACAAUCAUCCUUGGAAUACUCUCGACCAUAAAUGGGGAGAAGAUAACGGAAGAGACGAAAAAGAAAUCAUGGAUUGAGAUACCUUAUAAAUACAUCACUUAUUUUGCGAUAUGUGUUGCUUCUAACUAUCUGUCACCAUUGGCAUUUCAAAAGGUUGGGUUGUAAGAAAAAGGCAUAUUAGAGUUCAAAUUAUGUUAUAGGUGACAGGGUCAUUAUUUGUCUUGAGCCUGGGUAUUAUUAUUACACAUUCAAGGUAGAGUCGGCCAGUUCUUUAAAAAAAUCAAUUGUCUCUUUUUAAGUGCUGUAAUAACCAAAGGAAAAUGUGCUUUAUUUUAUAAUUUGUCAUUAAAUGGUUUCUUAAGUAUACAUGAAUAUUUUGUAUCUGUUGCAAUGGGGCCAUUCCACUAUGCUGAUCUUGCUUUGAUUUAGCAACCUACAGAUUGAACAGGAUCGGAAAAUUUACCCUUUAUAUGGAAUUAGUGGAAAAUUACUUUGCAGAACAAAUUUCUUUAAGUGGAAUGGGGGCUUAAUUAGUCCUUGUGCAUCUUUUAGUACAUCUGGAAAGAUGUAAUUGUAACUUUUUUGUGGGUUUUCAAAACAAUGGGUGAUCUAAAACAGUAUAAUGAUUCAAUGAAUUACUCCAAGGUAUAAAGUACUGUAUAAACGAGAGUAUGAAAAUUUCACAUCCAUUAGAAAUUGAGGAAAUUCAACAUACACCGUUGUUGAAAAUUUUUUGGGGCCUCUCAGAUGCUAUUAAAACUGGGCACAGACUGACUAGUGACUGAAUAUGCUGAGUGUGUUCUGUCAAAAUUUUUGCAGAAUAUAUUCUCUAGCAGUAGUAAUUUUGAGUCAUAUUUCUUCACCUCUGUUGAAUUCAGACUUAUAAAUAUUUAUCUUUAUAACCUCAUGUAAAAUAAUUUUUCACCAAAAUCAUUUUAGUACUAUUAUUGAGUUGAAGUGGACUACAAAGAUAUUCUUGUGCUGGUAUAUACAAAUAAACAUGAUUAGCCAUUGCAGGUCUAUAAUAGCUUGUUGCUGACAAAGUAAAUUGUUUAUAUAGCCCCAAGUAUUACAAUUUUUUUCCAAGAUGGGGAAAGUCCUUCAGAUCAUGUGUCUUUUCUUUUAACCCCAUAUUAUUGUUAUUUAAACGUUUUUUUUUUUCAUUUUAUCCCAAAAGGACAGUAUUUUAUAAGGCUCAGUCAUGUUGAAAACUGCUGCAAAAUAUUAUAUGGGAAGUAGAGAAUUUUUAAAUGUAGACUUGAAUCUCAUUUAUGGAUCUAUCUGGACUUUGAAAUAUACAGACAUGAAGGAGCCGACUACUGUUAUUCAUUGUAGUUUAUGAUCGCAUGUUCCUGUGUAAGAGGUCUUUACUUCUCUGUGUUCACACUUUGGUACAGUUUAUAGAACUUUUUAAGGACUUGGUCAAUACUGCAUCUAUUGGAGAAGAUAAACUUGAGUGUUGUGUUUAAGUGGUAAUGCCUUAGUGUGUCAGAUUCUUCUUAUCUGGAAAGUAAACAUAUUACACUGAUAAAAAGUUUGUAAAAAGUUCAAUGUACUGUUAUUCUAAGUUCUCAGUAGGUGGUUUCAAACCGCCUCGAUCACAAGAAUCCCCGUUAAAUUACGAGAACUUUUUUAGGCUGAAAAAUACCCAUUAAUCAUUCCUGCAUUCACACCGCCCUGAAACAUACCCUUCGGGAUAAGUUCCUGAAGUUACGAGCAUGCGCAGUAUGGUCUGAUAAGCAGCAAGGCGCGAAAUUCAAAAUCACUAGCCCAGCAGCAACCCAUGCACGGCGCCGCACCCAACGACACGCUGGGCUAAAAGUUCCCGUAAUUUGCUUUCAGACCGCCAAAAUACCCACGACCUUGGAAAAAUCCCCGCGAAAGUUCUCGUAAUUUCGCCAAGUACCUACUAUUUAUCGGGUAUUUUCUUUCGGGGAUAUUACGCGUAGUUUGCUUUCAGACCGCCAAAAUACCUGGUAUUUUCUGAUCGGGGUAAAUUUCCCGAUCAGAGAAUACCUGGAACUGGCGAACUUCGAGGCGGUCUGAAACCACCUUUUGUGUACAUUGUAGAAUUGGAUGUACAGGAAAACUACACUUCCUUCAUGGCACUGACGUACAGUUAUAGGAGUGUGAGGAGGGCAUGUUCAUUUUGGUAUAUUUGUUUGAAGAAAAUACCACCAAACGUAAUCUAGAACUCUAGACCAUACUUUUAAAAUGUGGUAUAUUAGGGUGUGGUAUUAAAAAUGUGCUAAUUUAUAUCUUCAUUCCAGCACGGUGAACUACAGUGUUUGAUUACCAGAGUUGAAGCAAGGUUGAUGAUAUCCAAAUUUAUUGGAACUGGAAACCUGAUAGAGAGCCAAAUACUUGCUAUUUGUGCUAUGAACAUUGUUUUAUAAUGAAUAAUCAUUACAAAAUAAUUAUUGCUGGUAUUGUAUUAAAAUGUAAAUUGAUAUUAUGAAUUAUAUACCCUUGUUAAUGUUUAUACUGUCUGUAACAGUAUUGUACUCCAUGCCUUCCAUAUGUUCUUAUUCUCUCCUGCUCUCUCUUUUUGUUACAUUAUCCCUGCCAAAAAAAAAAUUGUUAUUUUUCAUUUAAAUUAUUAGCAUUGUUAUGAACCUGUUUGUGAAUAUAAAUAAUUUAUGUUGACAAAAUAUGCGGGCAGAUCGUUGCAUUUUUCUUUUUUUUCAAACAUCAAUUAAUUCCAAAGUUAUACCAACCUUUGAUAUGUUAUUGAUAUUUAGUUAACUGUUGAUAUAUACAAUUUAAACUAACAAAGUAGGGUCUGAUGCAGGUCUACCCAAAGAUUGCUUUUUUGUGGAAGACCUUGUGAACCUUUCUUUUAGGUGCUAAAUAAAAAUCACCAAUGAACAUUUAAUGGUGAAUAACAAAAGAAAGGAUCCCCUGUCGUUCUAAAAGUCAAAGUCAAACAGCUUUAUGAAACAGCCUCCAGGUAAUAAAUAGACUGGUAAUUUUCAUUU